UUCCGCCCACCUCCGGCUGGAAUGGUCGAAGCCCUGCUUCCGGACCGUAUUCACGCUCACUCGCGGAGUCAACGCAGAUCGACGUGGUGCGGGUAACACAGCUGAUCGCUACGCGAUCCACAACAGAAGAUAACUCGGUGAAAAGCCAAAUGCAACGUGAUUGACCGUUGGCCAAACUGAUGAUGCCAUAAUUUUUUUCUACGUCUGAGUCCAGUUCGCACACGUAAGAGACGUCUGAAUUCGCUUGCAAACUGAUGAAGAAUUUUACUGCGCCUUGUUAAAGUAAUGAUGAUAUCGUUUACAGUGUUGCUUGUUCAUUAUCCAAUAUUCGGAGCUCUUCAUACUGCAGUUUUAGCCAAAUGCAUAUUCCAGUUUCACAGUCACCAAAAUUCUAAAGGUAAUUUCUCAUCUCCGCAAUUUCCAAGCAACUAUUCUGAAGAUCUGGUAUGCAUCUAUAACUUCCAAGGCAAGGAACAUGAGACAUUAAAACUAACAUUUCAUGUCUUUCAACUAGAGCCGCCUUUUAAAAAAGGUUGUCUAACAGAUUAUAUCGACAUUUCAACUAUCACAAUCAUCGGGAGCAAAUUCCUGGUUGGCAGAUAUUGUGGCAAAGACAUUCCUGGUUCAAUGUUAUUUAUGAAUCCGCAUGCAGAAAUCAUCUUCAAGACAAACCAUGUUAUCCACAGUAAAGGUUUCCAUGGAUCUUACCACUUUCAAGAUGAGAAGAUGAUACCUCCUCCCAAGUCAACUGUCAACGUCAGCAACUGCGGAGGGACAGUUUCCGGAGUGGGAGGUUUGAUUGUAUCCCCCGGUUUUCCUUACUACUUUCCUAAAGAUGUUGAUUGCAUAUGGCUGUUAAGGGUUGACUACCACAUGAAAAUAUAUGUACGCAUCCUCAAAAUGCAGUUGUACGGGAGCAUAGCCAACUGCGCCGAAGCGGAGCUCACCAUCUACGAUGGAUAUUCAAGCAUCUCCUUCAAUCCGAAAGUGCUUCAGAAGUACUGCGGGGAUCUACGCUACUACAAAAAUGUGGAGGAACAAACACAGCUAUCGGGGAGGAACAGAUUGCUACUCAGGUUUAAAACUUCUGCCUCUCAGAUAAUGAAAGGUGAAGACCUAGAUAAAAAUGCUGUUGGAUUCAAGAUUGUUUGGACAGCAGUUGAAUUUAAAACCGAAGGGAAAUGCCAGGAAUUUGUGUGUCGGGAGAGCCGUUAUUGCAUCAACACGGCAGACAACUCGUGCUCCGAAAUGCGCAAUUAUUGCAUCGACAAAUCCCUCGUGUGCAAUGGAUACCCAAACUGUGGAAACGAAGAUUAUACAGAUGAGGACAAAUGUAAUAUCCCCUUACUGGCUGGAUGUGGUGCCGCAGCUGGCGUUCUCCUUCUAAGCUUCUUGAUUGGAUUCUGCCUGUACAGGAAGCACAGUACUGUUCGCAAUGCUCUUUCACAGUCUCAGUCCCUGAACAUGCAACUGAGACAGCUGGAACACAGUCCUUCCUAUUCCGGAAGACCGCCCACGGGAAACUUCUACUAUCAACCACCAGAUCAUUCCGCAUCUCAGAACUGCACAAUCCACCCUGGAUCCAGUUACGAAAUCUUGCCUUCAAAAACAGUCCCUAAGAUUGACAGGAGAACUAUGCGAUGAUGAAAAAGAGAGUAGUUCGCAAUACAUCUGUGAGAAUCUUCACUGAGUAACCGAGAAAUGCAAGCGGUGCUAUUCCUCACUAUGUUACGCAGAAGAGGUCAGAGCUGAAGAAUUAAAAUCAAAUUUCAAGUGUCGGUGUUAAGUGUUUCUAAAGUUGCAAAAUUCUUUUUGAGCGUCAUGUAAAUACGACAUAUAAAUGCAGUUUCUGUAUAUAAUUUUCGUGUAAAUCUAUGAUUAUUUUAUCCUGAGCCUGAAUGUCAAAGGACAGUGUGGUAUCUGAAUAAAAAGAAUGAUCAUUUUGUUCCAAUAGUAAUUCAAAUGAAGUUGUUUCCUGAGGAUUAUGUUAGUUGUACUUUUUAUAGCAACUCAAAAGUGUUGAAGCCUAAUGUUAGAAUGAUUUUAAAGAAUGUUUAUUAAUAAAAGUAUGUUGGCAAUAAGUAAAAAA